AUGGGAGGAAGACAGAUCUGGAAGAUCAACCUCCUAGUGUUGAAGGUCACUGGUUGGCAACAUAACUUGCACCGCCACGAGAAUGAACCGUCAAACACGACGAUGACAAGUGUUAAAGAUAGCCCGAGACCGAACAGAGACAGCCGAAUUGUCGGGUUGGGGCCUAAAAAUGGUGUGGACAAGCACGGAAUAAAUACGGUUUCCAAGGGGAAGCUAACAUGCGAAAGCGGGUGA